AUGUAUACACACACAGACACAUGUACAGACACACAUACAUGUACAUACACACAGACAAAUGUACAUACACACAGACACAUGUACAUACAUACAGAGACACACACAGAUACAUGUACAUACACACACAGCACUAUAAAAAGUUGCAGUACUUCAUUACGUUCACUCACAGAGCCCGGGUACUGCACACUAGGGGAGGCAGAGAGCACAGCACACACUCCUUCCUUUGCUUUCACUUUGCUCAACUAUUCAGCAGUCUGAAGGCUCCCAGUGUGAGUGACAGUUCCGAGCCU